AUGGGUUGUAAAAGAUGGCUCUGGCAUUUUGCAGAACAGCAGCAUCAGCAACAACAACAGCAACUGCAGCAACAGCAACAAGCAGCUCAAAGUGUCCAACAACAACAGCAGCAGCAACAACAACUAAAUGCUCUUGCAAAUGAUCAAGCAAAACUUUUGAUCUGGCAACAUUUAGUGCAGCAGUCAGCAGCAGCGGCAGGUAUCCGAGCGCAGCAGCAACAACAACAGCAGCAGCAGCAGCAAGCAAGCAACGUGCAGCAUGCUGCAGCUGCAAAUCCACUGCUAGCUGCAGCAGCAGUAGCAUCGGCUGUAAAUGUACGCCAAACUGCUCCACUUGAACAACAGAAACGGUCAAAGCAAGCCUUGGUCACAACAGCAACAGCAGCAUCAGCAACUAAUUUGCCCAGUAAAACGAUUGGUGAGCAGCAGCAGCAGCUGCGUCCAAUCACAACAGCAGUUAACCAAUUGUACAGUGAUUUUCGUAAUGCUGAACAAAUGCGUAAAGAUGAGAGUGCGCGACAGAUGGAUGCACAGCAGAAACGAUUGGAUGAGUUGCGAUUUCUGGAAGAAAGUCGGCGUCGUGUUAUUGAGGAACAAGCGAGUAUCAAUGAACAGCUGAGCCGACUGUCACAAAUUGAUUAUCCCCAUGCUGUGUUAUCGCAAGAUAGUGAAGCGGCCCGAGCACAUUUACAAACCAUGGAACGACUGAAUGAACGACGCAUGGCAGCUCAGCAUUAUUUGAGAGUUUAUGGGGAAGUACUAAAAACCUCAACUGGAAGAAAUGCUGGCAGUGCCACUGCUGCCGCUUCUGCUGCUCCAGCUCCAUCGUCUGGUGUGAUUGUACGAAGUGUGGUUGACGAACGCACCUCAUCCAGUGCCGGCCCGGUGAGCAAAGGAGCGAUGAAGGAAUUUCCACCGUCGGUUGCCAGGGCUGGACUAACUCCCUCUCCAGCAUCUUCUACGCUCGCGGGUCAGAGUCUGAUCGGUAUCAAGCGUACUCAGGCUGAUGCUGCACCUAGGACAACUGCUGCUGCUGCUACUGCUUCUGCUGCUGCAUCACGAGUGGCUGGACAGGUUGCGCAAACAGAAGCAGCAGUUGCGACAUCUUCUGAAACAGAUCUUGUAAGCCGAAUGACGCGACAACGUGCCGAACCUUCGGUGCAGCGUAAAGGUAACUCAUUUUUAUUUGCAUUAGUUGUAUCAUUAGUAAUAUCAUUUUUCAUUUCUUUCCUACUUCGGAGUUUUUAG